CGAGCGCGGGGCUGCGCCGGGAUCCGCUGCGCCCUCCGCCGCUCGCCUCCGCGACGCGCGCCGCUCGCCCCGGCCACCCGCCGCCGCGCUCCUCGGCCCCGCGCCUGCCCCCACGAUGGUCCGCGCCAGGCACCAGCCCGGCGGCCUCUGCCUCCUGCUGCUGCUGCUCUGCCAGUUCAUGGAGGACCGCAGCGCCCAGGCUGGGAAUUGCUGGCUCCGCCAAGCCAAGAACGGCCGCUGCCAGGUUCUCUACAAGACAGAGCUGAGCAAGGAGGAGUGCUGCAGCACCGGCCGUCUGAGCACCUCGUGGACCGAGGAGGACGUGAACGACAACACCCUCUUCAAGUGGAUGAUUUUCAACGGGGGCGCCCCCAACUGCAUCCCCUGUAAAGAAACGUGUGAGAACGUGGACUGCGGACCAGGAAAAAAAUGCCGAAUGAACAAGAAGAACAAACCCCGCUGUGUCUGUGCCCCAGACUGUUCCAACAUCACCUGGAAGGGGCCAGUGUGUGGGCUGGAUGGGAAAACCUACCGGAACGAAUGUGCACUCCUCAAGGCCAGGUGUAAAGAGCAGCCGGAACUGGAAGUCCAGUACCAGGGCAAAUGUAAAAAGACCUGCCGGGAUGUUUUCUGUCCAGGCAGCUCCACCUGUGUAGUGGACCAGACCAAUAACGCGUACUGCGUGACCUGUAACCGCAUUUGCCCUGAGCCCUCCUCUUCUGAACAGUACCUGUGUGGGAACGAUGGAAUCACUUACUCCAGCGCCUGCCAUCUGAGAAAGGCCACCUGCCUGCUGGGCCGAUCCAUUGGACUGGCCUAUGAGGGAAAGUGUAUCAAAGCAAAGUCCUGUGAAGACAUCCAGUGUGGUGGUGGAAAAAAAUGCCUAUGGGAUUUCAAAGUUGGCAGAGGUCGUUGCUCCCUCUGUGAUGAGCUGUGCCCUGACAGUAAGUCGGAUGAGCCAGUCUGUGCCAGUGACAAUGCCACUUAUGCCAGCGAGUGUGCCAUGAAGGAAGCUGCCUGCUCCUCUGGCGUGUUGCUCGAAGUCAAGCACUCCGGAUCUUGCAACUCCAUCUCGGAAGAUACGGAGGAAGAGGAGGAGGAGGAAGACCAGGACUACAGCUUUCCUAUCUCUUCCAUUCUAGAGUGGUAAACUCUCCACCAAGUGUUCAGUGUUGACAUAGCCUUUGGGCAAAACAAAACACAGCAAAAGAAAAAAAAAAAAAAAGAAAAGAAAAGAAAGAAAAAAAAGAUACAAAAGAAAAAUAAGAAAAAGAAAAAUAUAUUGUCCAUAAUGUAAAUAAGUGUAUGCUUAUUUAUUUGGGGGGAAACUAUACAUUAAAGGACCUUUGUCCUAACGCUCUCUCCCAGGCCACACUGUUACUCACUGGGCAUGGAGAGAUGGUCAUUUUGUGGUCUACUGGAUGAGGCCUAUAGUUGAGACUUGUAGAAGUUUAUUUAUACUGUGUCAUGUUUUAUAAUUUAUACAUAAAAUGUCUGGUUGACUGUUCACCUUGUUUUUGAAGAAAUUUAUUCGUGAAAGGAAGAGCAGUUGUUAUUUAUUGUGAGGUCUCUUGCUUGUAAAGUAAAACCGUUUUCUUCCCCCCUUGUAAACCAUAUAAGUCCAUUCCUUACUAUCCACUCACUCAUCUGUCUCCCUUCAUUUCACUGCUGUUAGAUUCUUUUCCACUUUUUAACAAAUUUGCAUGUCAGUUUCUGUCAUGUUUAUUUAUUGGAUUCUUGGCUGCCUGAUCUGUACAUACCUGAUCUCUCGGGUUUUGUUUACAAGGAAUCUUGACUGACCAAAAGGCAUUGUAACUCUGCCCCAAGGUACAGAGAAUAAGGUACAGAGAAUAAGCCUCUUGAGGAAAUGUCCGCUUCCAUUCCCUUGUUCUGAUGAAAACAUUGUGAGAGAGGGUGUGAGAGGCAUUAAAAUUCUAGAAGUGUACUUUCGUGAUGUUACAGAUCCAAAGACAUAGAAUGAUGUAGGUGUCAGGAGACUAAAGGAAGGUGAAAGUUACACCUUCAGCCUGUCAUUCGGUGUCUCCUUUGAGCUAGUCGGCUGUACCUUUUCAAUUAGUUCUUUUUCAACCAAUGUGUCACUAAAAAGUUCCAUCGAAGCUUUAUCAGUUCAAGUUUCUUGCUUUUCAUAAUACUUUUUUCUGAUGCAAUUUUAUAUUUUCAAACAUGGCAAGUUAAAUAUAAAUUCAUUUAAAUAUAUAGUUUUGUACUUUU